UAUUUUUUUAAUUUUUUUAUUUUUUUUUAUUUUUUUUUUAUUUAUUUAAAAAAUUCCAAAAUAUAAAAUUUUUGCAAAAAGCGCACAUUUUCACCGGAAAUUAUGGUUUUCAGUGAUAACUACGUAAAGAAAAGUAACAAAAAUACUUAAAAAACCAAUAGUGUACCAGAAAGCAGCAACAACAAUAACAAUAAUUUGUAUAUAUACAGAGCAGUUGACUGCAAAGCAAUGACGUCAAGCCGAACAAGACGCGGCAGGUCAAUAAUUACAUCUUCGGGGCAAUAAUUCUUGAAACCAUACAAGCAACAUGCAGACACCCACACAUACACUUAUAGAGUAAUGAAUGGACGAGCGCAAGUUUGGAGUCAACAAAAACAAGACAGGCGCACUCUAUAAAUAUAUACUAAAACCAAAGAAAAAAAAGUCUAUGAAGCAAUGAAUACAAAAAGAGAACAAAAAUAAACGAAAUUUGAAAAAACAAUAUAAUAACAGUAAAAAAAGAAAAUAAUUAAACUGAAAAAGCAAAAAACAACAAUAAACACAUUAGUACAUGUGUUUACAAAACUUGGUACUCGCUACUCUUGGCGCGACUGGUUGCAGAGCAUGCUUAUCACAAGGGAGGCUGGAGCGCUGCAAACUUUUAUGGACCAAAGAGUAGUGGCGCACGAGCGCCGCAAUAAACGUGUGUUAAGCACAAAAGCAAAAACAACAAUAGUGAAUGUAAUAAGCGAGCGGCCAACAGCGUCAUUUAGUACAUACGCACACACACACGCGCUUAUAUAAUAAAAACAAACCGCAUAUAAUUAGGACGCUAAUGGAUUGUUCGUAUUUAUAAUUCAGAGAAAAGUCAAAAUUUCGAGAGAAACUGCUUAUUUUUAACCUACAAAAAUCAACUAGUAAUUAUAAGCAGCGAGAGAAACGAGGAAAAGGAGAAACAAAUAUUGAGGAGUGGAGCAAAGCAAAUAGAUAAAAUGGAGAAAAGCGCAGAUAAGAAAGAAAUGAUUCUAGAAAACAAUCCAGAGAGUUUCCAGAAUACAAAAACAACUAUAAUAUUGGAGAAAACCAAAAAAAAAAAAAUAACGAAAAAGCAAAAGCAACAAUAACAAGAGCACAUAGAGAGCUGAGAUCACGAUGAAAGAAUAACAAAAACAAUAGUAAAAUAAAACUACAACAACAAUAAAAAUGAAAAAUAAUAAAGACAUGGGAAUAUAUCUUUAACAAAAACAACAACAACUACAAGAAAAAUCAACAAACAAAAACAAAUGAGAGGAAAAUAGCAGCAACAAAAACACUAAAAAAAACGAAAAUAAACGAAAAAACACAAAAAAUUACAAAAAUAAUAAAAAAAAAAACAAAAAAAUACAACAACAAUUAAAAAUAAAAAAGCCAUAAACGAAAAAAUACACAAAAAUUACAAAAACAACUAAAAUCACAAGAAAAUUACAAUAACAAUUAAAAAAAAUAAUAAUUACAACAACAAUUAAAAUCACAAGAAAAUUACAACAACAAAUGAAAAACAAAAAAAUCAAUAACACAUCAAAACGCAAAUUGAACGUCACGAAAAAUCGUGACAACCCCAAAACCACAUACGCCAUAUGCCAACAUGAGCAACAACUUGCCGGAAAGAGAGGUCAGGCAGAGAGCGGAGAAAGACAGCGUUUGCCGUGAUGCGAUAGGUAAAAGAAAAUUAACGUUAUAGAUACUAUAUAGAGAACAAAGAAAUAUUUAUUUUCGAACAACGCAAAGGAAAAAAAAGUAACGAACAGAUGCUGGAAGUGAUCCCAUGUGAGAGCACGAGAGAGCAAGAGAGCGCUAGCUUUUUGAUUUUUGAACACGAGAACAAAGAGUGGGAGAGAUGUUGAAAGAAUAAGAAAAUCGCAGCGCCCGCAAAUGGAAAUGGAAAAGCUCGCGAAAGCUUUACAUAAAAACGUCAUCGAUGGAAAUUGACCAGAUCAGUGAGGCUGUUGGAAUACUUUUUGGUCAGCCAGCCAGGCCAGUUGUGUUAUUAUUCAAUGCUCUAGCUGUGCAGUAGUCGAUAACGCGGAACGAUCACGCACGGAACGUAUAGACGGUUAGCGCGCUUAUCGCAAACUGAUGAACGGUACACAAAAGUGUUUAAAAACAAGAAGCAUUUCAAAUAUUUGUACAACACCGAACAAAGUGAGAAUUCCCAGAAACUCAAAAUCAAAAUAAACUUUUAGCGAAAUAAUAAUAUAUAAUUUAAAAAACACAACACAGUGAGUGAGAAAAAAAUCCACAACAUUAAAAAGAAAACAAAAACAAAUACAAACAACAAAUAAAAAGUGAAUAAACUCCACAAAGAUGCCGUUGGCUUUCAGCGACUAGCGGCUGAUUUCCCACUUGCUCAUUUGAGUGGGCGCACAAACUGCCAAAAUGCCAUUGAAAUAUUAAUAACUUAUUUAUCACAACAUACAUUUUUCCUCCGCUGAACGCGCGUGUGUAUGUGUGUGUGUGUGUGCCACUUGCGAAUAAUUGCGGGCGCAUCGACAACGGCCUCCAAGCGGCAAACGCGAGUUACCCCACAACAGGUGGCACAUUUCUCCCACGAGAGCGAACGAAAGCGAAAAGCGCAAAUAAAUAAAUAUUAAUAAUAAAUUGUGUGACAAAUUGACAAUUAAACAAAAUAGAAAUAGCGCAAUUAGCAGUGUGUGUGUAGCACAACAAGGUCAACACACCUAACUCUGUGUUAGUUUAGCGAAAUCACACGUGGCCACGCGCCCAUCAAGCUCAACGCUCCGAACUGGCGGUCCUCAGCGCGCAGGAAAUGAUGAAGCACGACACCGCCACGAAGCCUAUACCGAUUGGUGGACCAAGCGCCAUGGCGCCAGCUGCGGGCACGACGAACUCAUUAAAGCGCGGCUUGUGGCGCAACCGCAGCGUCAACGAGGCGCCUGCAUGCGCGCGUAGCCCCAUCACGAAAGCGUUUGAUUUUCUGCCUUGGGGACGUAGCAAAAAGGCAGGCGAUAAAACACAAACACAUAUACAACAACAACAACAACAAAAGCAACUGCAAAAAGCCAACGCGGCGGCGGCGAACGCAAAGUCAGCAAAUAGCAACGCUGCGGGCAACACAAACAGCAACACCAGCAACAGCAACGCAAGCAACAACACAAAUGCGGGCGCCGAUAAGGACACCGGCAUACACUACCAUCGCAAUAUAUUUCGCAGCGGCGGCGGCCUCAUACGUGACAUACUCGGUGGCGAUAAGCUGAACAAAGAGAAAGGCAAUCAGGAGUUGGCGUUGAAAAAAUCCAAUCAACGCAUUAAACCCAAGCAGGUGGUGGCGCGCAAUAAGAGCCUGGACAUACAUGAACUCAUCAACACCGUCGAGAAUGAGCUGAGCGCCGAGAAGCAGAAGAACGGCCGCAAACACUUUAUGGAUGACACAUUCAUUGAGAAUAUAAUGCGCGCCAAGGAGGCUUACCGGCAGGCGAACGAAGAGCUGUUGGACGACGAACAGGCAGGCGAUUAUCGUUAUGUCGAUGAGACGGACGAAAGUGAGGGUACGGCACGGCGACAGGCGCACGAAGAGCAACGCGCGAGUGAUGAGCAGCUCCAUUGUAUGCCUUCUGGCAGCAGCGGCAAUAACGCGGCUGUGGCGCACGCACCCGCGCGUCAUAUACUCUUCAACGACGAGGACAUUGUGUAUCUGAUAAAGAAGGAGCUGCCGGUCAAACGGGAAAUGAGCAAGACGAAGCGUAAGGUGUCGAGUAAUCAUGCGGAGAAGGAACACCAACAGCAACAGCAACAACAACAGCUGCAGCAGUAUCAGCAAUAUCAACAGCAACAACAGCAGCAAGGGCGUGAGCGCGAACGUGAAAGAGACCGCGAACGCGGACGUGACCGACACGAACGCAGCGAAAGUGUGUUGCGUGCACGACUGAAGUUCAAGAAAUUGACACCGGACGGAACACCGUUGCCGAAACGCAGAUCAACAUCCGCCCAAAUGCUCAAUCAUAAUCAGUAUCACAAUCAGUGCGACUACAAUGGCAUUGAGUAUGAACAACCGCAAGCGCGCAAUUAUCAGCAAUCAAGGUCGGUCAACGAGAGCUCCACGACGAGCGCUAGCGAUAACGGUAAACGUGGCAUACUGCAGCGGCAGAAUACUUCACCGGCGCUGAUUAGUUUGGCCGGUGAGGGCGGAAGUGGCAACGGCAACGGUAACGGAAAUGUCGGUGGCGCCUACGAAGAGGAUGCGCCGCAUCACCAGAGUCCGGAAAAUCGGCGCCGCCAUCAUCAACUCUUCCAGCGCGGCGAACAGCGCGUGCAAUUGCAGCGUCGCAAAUCCUUCACCGGCUAUGACAACGCACAGUUAGGCAACUGUAGUAGUAGCAGCAGCAUGGCGAGUGGGGGUGGCGGUGGUAGUGGUGGCGUCAGCGCUAAUGCGCCGAUCAAUGAACAGCCGCGCGGCGAGAAACCGCGUAAGAAGCUCUCCUUCCGCGAACCGGUUGCCGACAAACCGCGCGUACGACGUCGCAGUUCGCCGCUGCAGCGUCCGCAGAGUGCCGGUGCCGAGGGUAGGGACCCAUCACCAGCCAGCAAAGAGCUAAGCAAUCGCCUUGCCGUCGACGACGGCAUAAUUGCCAAUGCGAACGCGCAUAAAGUGAGCUGUGAUAAUUUGAGCGCCAGCAGCAGCAGCGCUGCCCUAAUGUCAUUACCUGAUAACCGCAAUUUUGCUGCGCAGAUUAAUAAUAUCGCCUUGGAUGCGGCGGGUUGCUGUUUUGUGGAUAAUGCGAAUUUAACAAUGGACUUUGAGUCACAAGCGAUGCGUAUUGUACGUACCGUCGGUCAGGCCUUUGAAGUAUGUCACAAAUUCAAUCUUCAUAAGAAUUCCUUGGAUCACAACGACGAACGCUCGGAUGUCUCAUCCGAGUUACUCGAUGUAGAACGCAUUUCGGUACAACAACUGACUGAUGACGAGCUGGAAAAGAAAGAGCCGCUGACCGCUGUGACGGACAUCAAGCCACCGCAAAGACCGAAUCAUCUGGAAUUGGUGCCACAGAGCAGUUCGAAUAUGCGCAAGUCACCCAGUUUAUUGACCGCUGACGAAGACAAUACACCCACUACACCGUCAUCGCCCAGCCAUGAGAUCAGCAAACUAAAGGAUCAAUUGGAGCAGCAGGCCAUACAAACACGCCAGGCAUUGGGACAGCUAAUGUUGGUGCGCGAGCAGCUUAUAUCGGAAACGAAUGCGCGCAUCGAAGCGCAGGCACGCACACAGCAACUGCUGCAGCAGAAUCGCGAGUUGCUCGAGCAUCUGGCAUCGCUGGGCGCCUACAAUGAGCAGCAGAGCGCCGGACUGACAUCGGCCAAUAUCGGCAUGGCACCGCAGCUUUCAUCGACAGCGAAAGUGGCACGCUGGUUCCAACAGCUUCCCUGGCACACCGCCUCCCUCUCACGCCCGGAAAGCGGCUUCGUUUCGGGCGAUUCGCGUUCGGAGAAAUUCCAUUGCGAGGAGUUCCACUACACCAAGGAGCCGGAUGAUUUAUGCGAUGAGUUUCUGCUAGUCGAGGGCAGCAGCACCAUUUGGACGAAAUUGAGUGCGAAGAAGCAGCGCAAAUUGCUCGGCAUGCGACUGGGCAAGGUGACGACAUUUUGAGAAUAUUUGAUGAAAUUACCGGCGGAAAAAAAAUAUUAAUGUGCUAAGUCAGGGCAUUACGGCAGUUAGAUUAUAAAGCAGCAGUCUAAAAUGUUAAGCAACAACACAAAAUAAGCAACAAAAGAACGAAAAUGUAAACUCUAAACGAAGUCAAUAUAUUAUAUUUAGAGUAACGGCAGUUGAGCAGCUGCGCGCCAGCUUAGUUAAGUUCAUAAUAGAUUUUUGUAAUUUUUUACGCGAAACAUUAAUUCUAAGUACAUACAUACGAAGUAAGCACAUACGAAAUUUCUUUUUUAUUGGUGUACCAUGCAUUUUAAUGACAUGCCAUCGCGCCAUGUUUAGAAAUUAAUGUCAUGACAUAAUUUUUACAUGCGAACAAGUUUAUUUGGCGAGUAUUACUUUAAUAUUUAAAUAUUAUUUUAAUUUAGAAUAUGUAUAUGCGAGCUUAACUACUAAUUCUUCAAGUAAAAUAUUUUCGAAAGUUUUCGAAAUUCGAAAAUUUUAGGAAAUUCGAAAGUUUUCGAAAUACAAAAAUUUCGAAAUUUGAAAAAUUUUCAAAAUUCGAAAAGCUAAUGAAAUUUCAAAAAAUUCGAAAAUUUUCGAAAUUCGAAAAAAUCUUUGUCCGAGUAUUUGAUCUUUCUGAACCAAACGAAAUGUAACUGCGAAAAUAUAUCAAGAAAUUUGUCGAAAAAUUCGAAAAACUAAUGAAAAAUUCAAAAUUCGAAAAUUUUCGAAAUUCGAAAAAUUUAUCUUUGUCCGAUUAUUUGAUUUUUCUAAAUCAAACGAAACGAAACGUAACUGCAAAAAUAUAUCAAGAAAUUUAUCGAAAUAAUAUUUUUUUAAGUAGAUCUGGCAACUAUUUUCUCUUUAAUGAUAGAUCAAAAUAUUUAGAUUGAUAUUAUAUGUUUGUUCAAAUGUAUCUAUAACCUCCUUAUAACCAAUAUAAUCCAUAUUUUUGACUUUAUUUGGUAUAAUUUAAACAUAAUACGAAUUUCUAACCAAAAUGAAGUGAGAAUACAUCGUUUAAUAGAACGUGAUUCGAUAUCGAAAAUCGGUAAACAUCUACAAUUAGAUCCCAUAGAUGAACAAAAUGAUAUUUACUAAGCCGAUUGGCUUUAACGAAUCUAUUUUUACUUUGUCAAUGAAGGUCUAGCCGAAGAGAAAUUUUUUCCAAUAUAUUUUUUUGUUUUAACUUUUGAGCAUAUUUCGAUAACGUCUGCAUUAAUCUCGAUUUUUUUUUUAAUUUUUUUUAAAUCUGAAAAAUUGGUUUUCUGAAAAAUAAUUCGGAUUAAAACUGAAUUUCUUGACUUUCGAAGAUAUAUUUAAUACAUGAAUUUGGUGGUUGCUCAUAUAUACUAAGGAUUAUGAUAAACUUAACUUAUUCGAAAAUUUGUAAUGUGUCGUUUAAUAUUGACACAAGGCUUAAAGAAUACUACAUGCAUUUACAUUUACAUGUGGAAAACUGUGAACUGCCAUGUCAAGCAAACAUCAAACUGAUUUGUUUGCGAAAUUAUAAUGUGAGUAAUAAUCCGUUAAGCAUAAAAACACAUAUCAAUACCGUUAGUUGGCUAAAUCACAAAACAAAGAAAGGAAAACAAAGUCACAAAACAGAAAGCUUAGGUUUAUAUAUUUCAAGAUAUCAAACAGUCAAGCAAUCAAUUACCGUUAUAUGUAGGUUAGCGAGAAACAGUAAACAAACAUUAGCAGCGCAGUUUAAAUCAUAAAAUUCUCAUAUUAAUCAUACGCCAUGUCGAACCACCACCACAACCACACCACAAUGAGUUGAAGGAGUAAUCAUAGCAAAAAGCGCAUAAGUCUACAUUUGUAAGUGUAUGUAAGUGUGUAUGAGUAUGUGUGUGUUUGUCAACAUCCAAAUAUUUGACUUGUUGUUGUUGUAAAUAUUCACAUAAAAUAUGCAUAACUGUGAAAAUUGAUGAUUGCUACCAAGAGUUGGAAGCAUAUUGAAACAAAUUCGACAAAAUUUCGGCUAGACAAACAAACACGAGCACAAACAAAUGAAAUACAAACACCAAAUACACAAACAACUUUUGCUUGUCUUUUUCGCUACAAUCAGCAGGUCAAAAUAUUUUUUGUUUUCUUAUUUUUUUUUUAUAUUUUGUGCAAAUGUGUUUGAGUGUUGUUGGUGGGGGAAUAGACUUCAAUUUGAGUUUUCAUGUUUUAUGCAGAUGAAAAACUCAUAGUAUAAACAAAUAAAUUGCAAAUGUCUAUGGUUAGCUAGACACUUGUAUGCACAGUGAGCAAUUCUCGUGGGGUCUUUGUUGAGAAGUUGUGAAUUUUUUUAACCUACCUUCUAAAUAAACUAUGGUGGAAUAUCCGAAUUUGCUUCUCUAACUACUGAGUGACUAAAUGACAAUUUCUUCAACUAGUAACUCCCAAAAGUAUGCUAAAAAAUUAUGAAAAAAUACAGUAGAAAUUCAUUUUUAUAAAAUGGAAAUAUUCAAAUCCAUUAAACUCUUGUUCGAAAGCUUCUACCCACUGGGUUUAACAAUAUAUACAAUCUUUUAGCUAUGUUAUCAAUAAGGCUCAAGAAAUGCUAAUAUGAAAACCAACAAAAAAUCGAACGAAAUUGCUAACAAAAAACGCAAAUAACUAAAGCGCAUGCAUGCAGUAGAAAAUAUAUAACAUUAGGGUGACAUAUUUAAAAAAAAAAUUAAAUAAAUAUUUCUUAAUAAUCUUAAUUUUUUCUAAUAUUAAUUUGCCGUUAUUUGAGAUAUUGUUAAAAGAAAAUAAUUACUUUUGAAAUUAAAAAUUUACCAAAAUUUUGAUGAAUUAUCUCAAUUUCUGGGUAUUGGACCAAACUAAUUUUUUUGUGGAAGAUGGAGUCAUAAGUUAAAAACGUGCGAAAUAUGUGCCAAUUUUCGAAGUUAGCUUCCAAAAUCGAAACUUCUAUAACUCGAAGUCCUCCAAAAACUCGAACUCUUGAAUUGGUAAUAGAAGUCAUAUUUCAUAUAAAUUGGUCCUAAUCAUUGAAUCCAUUUCGAUCGAAAAAUUUUACGUCGGAAUCAUUGAAACCGUAUCGAAAAUAAAAUUUACGAAGUUCGAAGUUCGAAAAAAGGUUUAUUGAUCACUAAAUACUGGAUAUAGUUUGAAAAAAAGUCUCUCCACAAUUUGUAUCACCCUGACAUGUAACAUGUAUGCUCAUAUUUGCUGCUGGAAGUUACCCACACAUGCAUAUUAUACACACACACCCGUUUUGUAGACUUAUUAGAUAAACAUUGCUGUGGUAGAUCAAAUGUGUUUCAAUAAUAACGAACACACAUCCAAGCACACAAUCAAACAAUCACACACACAUUCACAUACCUACACACACUUUCAUAUUACAUUAGCUUGUGUGUGUGAGUGUUUUUUUGCAUACUUAUAGGCGCUGUACGUGCUGCUGUCGAAAGUAAUAUGUAGUUAUGAGAUACUUUGAAUUUUCAAGCAAAAUCAUAUACUUACGGUACUUAUCGGAAAACAGACACACACAUGCAUGAGCACAUUAGCAUGAAAAUGAUUAUUAUUUUUGCGCUUUUUCGCAUUAUCGAAACAAAUUGCGCUGUCGUUGAUAUAAUAUGAUACCACGUAAUACUUAUAUAUGUUAUACGCAUUUCUUUAAGCAAAAAAAAGACUAAAAUACAAGAAAGAAAGCAGUUUUAAUGUAGAUUUUAAUUUACGACUUUUCGAAUUUUAGUAUACAUAUGAAAUUUAAUAAUAAUUUACUUGGUUAGGUUUUUAUAUAUUUUUCUACGCUAGCUUAUAGACACAUCACCCAUACAUAUAUAAGUACAUACAUAGAAAUAUACAUAAGUUUAUAGCAUAGAAAGCCAGAAGUCAUUUAAAGGUUAAACAAUAAAAAUUUACUGCGAAAUUACA